AUGUUAUGCUGUGUUUGUCUGCUGGAGAAUACCGGCACAAUGGGUAUCUAUGAAAGUGAGGGCAUAAAAUUAAAGAUUGAGGAUAUCAUACAACAACAUUUGUGGUUUAAGCCCGAAACAAAUAAUCCCCUAAAGUCCCACAUUUGUACCGUGUGCUGGGAAGCAUUACAGGAUUUCCAUGUCUUCUAUCAACAGGCCAAACGAAUUCAUGAAGAAUAUAAUAAACCAGAGAAAAAGGAACAUUUCCACAUCAAGUUGGAGGAAGCUGCAAUUAGUCCGAAUGUUGGAAAUGCGGACAACGAUGAAUUAUAUGAAGAUAUAUUGGAAAUGAAUAUUGAAAUUGGUGAAAGUUUAACGAAAAUGUGCGAUGAUGAUGAGGAGCAGGACGCCAUUUCAAAGGCUGAUAAUCCCUUGGAGGAGUUACAGGAAAAAACAGAGGAUGGGGAUAUUAAAGAAAACAACGAGAAUGAUGAUGAUGUUAAAACUGAGCUACACAGUUUAAAAAUUAAUAUUCUCAAUGAUAUGGAGGAUGGCAUGCCAGAAGCAUCGGAUAACGAAUGUUCCGAUGAUUUCGAACAAGAAACAGAUUGUAGCGAUGAUGAUGAAGAUGAGGAGGAAGAAGAAGACGAUUCUAUAUCCUCGGAGGAGGAAAGUACAACGAAAGUGGUCAAAAAAAGGGGACGUAAGAAAAGCGAUGGAAGAGCAGAUAAAAAGGAAGCACAUAAAAAACGAACACCUAUGGAACAGAGUAUAUAUGAAAUAAGGAAAAAACGUAAGGAACUAUAUAAGAUCGAUGAGAAACAUGCCGAUGAAAUGAUCCUCAAAUAUAUACCUAUGGGAUGUAAUUUAUGUGUAUUUGUUGGUAAAACAUUUCCCGAUAUUGUGGAACAUUUUAAGGAGGCACAUCCAAGAGUGAGGCCAUAUGUGACAUGUUGUGAUAAACAAUUUACGAAGAGAUGUCAUUUAGCCCAGCAUGCUCUUAUGCAUGAGGAUCCAAAUUGUUUUAAAUGCCACGAAUGCAAUAAAAACUUUACCAGUAAACGUGGCCUAAGGGCACACGAUCUCAACUAUCAUGCCACUGAGGAGGAACGCAUAUUUGCUUGUGAUAUAUGUCCGAAAAAAUUUGCCGCCCGCAAUCUAUUAGAGCUACACAAACCCUCACAUAUACCACGCGAACAAUGGGCAUUCUUUUGUCCGAAAUGUCCUUCGUCAAGAUUUGCCAGCUCAUAUUUACUCAAAGUACACACAAGUAUGCAACAUAAAAGAACAAAACAUGUGUGUCACGUGUGUGCCAAAGAGAUUCGGGAUAAACAUUCGUUCGAGAAGCAUGUACGUUCACAUUUCGGUGAGGCAACUCCACGGGUUCCAUGUCCCUAUCCAGGAUGUGAUAGUUGGCUUAAGGAUGAAGAUAAUCUAAGGAAACACUUGAAACGACACAACUUGGAGGGCAUUACCUAUAGAUGUGAAAUAUGCGACAAAGUCUAUAAGAAUCGUGUGGGCCUAACAAAUCACAAACGUUAUAGCCAUACAAUGAGCGCCAAUUUCAAAUGUGAACAAUGUGAUAGAUCCUUUAAGAAAGCAAUAUCCUUAAGGGAACACAUGACCCAGCAUACGGGAGAAACCCUAUAUAAAUGUCCAUUUUGUACAAGAACAUUUAACUCGAAUGCCAAUAUGCAUGCUCAUAAAAAGCGGGCUCAUCCCAUUGAAUGGGAAGAAUGGCGUAGGAAUAAAACGGGUAGUGCUCAGACUAUAAUAAAACAACCAACUAGUAAUAAUUUGUAA